GUUUGAUGCCACCUAAGUGAAUUUCUUUCAUGCCCUUUAAUUUAUAGUAUUAGAGGCGUAUUGCCUACACACACCAUAUGUGUGCCUCCACUCAAAAAGCCACACUCCAUUUCUGCAUUAAACAUGGCGCCAUCAUCAUCAUCAUCAUCAUCUCCUCAGCUAGCUGAUAAGUAUGCCGACGAGAAUCCGGUAAAGCAGUUGCAGCGGGGUCAGUGGUUGCGCGCCGCCAUCCUGGGAGCGAACGACGGGUUGAUGUCCACUGCGUCGCUCAUGAUCGGAGUUGGCGCGGCAAAAGAGGAUCAGCGGGACAUGAUCCUCGCGGGGCUCGCCGGCGCUCUCGCCGGCGCUUGCAGCAUGGCCGUCGGAGAGUUUGUUUCCGUGUCCACGCAGAGAGAUAUCGAGAAGUCAGUCCUCGCCGGAAGCUGCAGUACUGUAGAAGAAGAAGGUAAAAUUAAGGUUGAGAUAGUUAGCAAUGCUUACCCGCAAUCUGCCAUUCAGAAACCAACUGAGCUAUCCAUGAAAGCUCUGCCGAACCCUUACAAGGCGGCGGGGGCAUCUGGGAUGGCUUUUCUGUGCGGAUCACUCCCUCCUUUGCUCACGUCUAUGGUGGCAGCACCCAACAAUAUAAGGAUCAUUAUGAUCGUAGGCUUGGCAUCCGUAGCGCUGGCCGUAUUCGGUGGAGCUGGAGCGUAUUUUGGCGGAUCGCCGGUGAGGAAAUCCGCCGGAAGAGUUCUGGUUGGAGGCUGGAUUUCCAUGGCCAUCACUUACGGAAUGCUAAAAUGUUUUGACAAAGAUUCUAAAGGUGAUGAUGGUGAUUAAAAAUUUAAUUAGCACGAGCUCGAUCUUUCUACUUCUUGUACAGUGUAUGUACUGCAUAUUCUUGAGUGUCCUGUACUGUACGUAUUCUCUUGGUGGACAACA